AUGGCCACGCAUCAUCUCGCAAGCUGGGCUUGCAGUCUUAAGUACUCAGACAUGCCGCAGAAUGUGAUUCAAGCUGCAGUAAGAAGCUUCUACAACUGGGCAGGAUGUGCCAUCGGAGGAAGCAAACAUCCUGCAACUACCAUUGCACAUAAUUCUUUGUCGCCAUUCUUUGGCCCUCCCACUGCUUCCUUACUCGGUCAUCAGGGCAAGACAAAGAUUGAUGCUCAGCAUGCAGCUCUAUUGAACGGCAUUGCAUCUCACGUACACGACUAUGACGAUACCCAUCUCGAUACCAUUAUUCAUCCCACUGGCCCAGUAGCAAGUGCAUUAUUGGCCGUAGCUGAAUGGAAAGGGGGCUUCUCUGGCAAAGACUUCUUGUUGGCUUUGAUAGUUGGCAUUGAAGCAGAAUGUAAAGUAGGAUUAGCUGUUUGGCCAGAACACUAUGAUGUCGGAUGGCAUAUCACCUCAACCACCGGAUCAAUCGGUGCUGCAGUUGCAGUUUCGAAACUUCUUGGACUUUCAAUCUCUCAAACAACCAAUGCAAUAGGAGUGGCAGCAACGCAAGUCGUCGGGCUGCGAGAAAUGUUCGGCUCUCAUACCAAGUCAUUUCAUCCUGGCCGUGCAGCCCAAAGUGGUUUAAUGGCAGCUGUUCUUGCUGAAGGGGGGUAUACGAGUAGUGAGCAGGCCUUGGAAGCAAAGAGAGGGUGGGCGAAUGUCGUUGGCGUGACGAAGCCUGGAAUCGCAGCAGACCUCGACAAAUGGCUCGGAAUGAAUGCGGAAGCGAGCGAACACGGCGUAGGUCUCUUCAGCGCAGGGGUUGGGAGAUGGGAGAUUUUGAGGAACAGCUUCAAGCCAUUUCCCUGUGGUAUCGUCAUACACCCCAUUAUUGAUGCCAGCACGCAAAUACAUGGCGAUAUGAAGACUCAAGGCUUAGAUGCACAGAACAUCAAGUCUGUCCAUGCGAAAGUCCACCCUUUAGUACUCGAGCUUACGGGCAAACGAAAACCGAAGGACGGACUUGAAGGAAAGUUCAGUGUUUUCCAUGGGGCUGCAAUCGGUCUGAUAUACGGCAAGGGCACACCUUCGGAGUAUGAAGAUCAUGUCGUUCAAGAUGCAAAAGUUAUUGCCAUCCGGGACAAGGUCAAUGCGGAAUCUGACAAGAGUCUUGGCGCAGACGAGACGAUCGUGGUGGCUACGAUGAGUGAUGGCAAGAUUCUAGAGAGACAUGUGAAACACGCAGUGGGAAGUCUGGAGGUUCCAAUGGAUGAUGGGAUGUUGCAAAGGAAGUUCGUGGACCAGUGUGCUGCUGUGCUGGGAGAUAGGGUACAAGCUGCGAGCGAGAUUUGUUGGGAUAUUGAAUACGCCAAGGAUGUGGCAGAUGUUGCAAAAUUACUCUGA